CCGCAGUGUAUUGACGACGCGCUCAGCGUCCGUUCAAUGCAAUUCAGACCUUGUAGUGUCCUUAUUCAAAACACUUGAAGUUCUGCGACUGUUAUCAUGUCACCCCAGGUUCUAGCUCUUUCUGCGUUCACUAAACCGGGAUUAAUACCGGGCUCAAGGGAUUCAAAAGAUCAGCUGAUCACCAUCGUUCCUGUUACAGUGGCCGCAGUUGUGAGUACGUACAUGCUGACACGCUACUUCAGAGGGCAGAGCGAUCCCAAGAGCAGAAUCAACCAGACCAUCAACAAAGACAGCCCCAAAGUAGUGCACAGCUUCGACGUCGAAGACAUCGGCAACAAGGUUGUCUACUGCAGAUGCUGGAGGUCCAAGAAGUUUCCCUACUGUGAUGGCGCACACAGCAAACAUAAUGAGGAAACUGGUGAUAAUGUCGGACCACUGAUCAUUAAGAAGAGAAAUGCAGCAGGCCAAAAAAUCCCUGAGUGAGAGCGAGAGAGAGAGAGAGAGAGAGAGAGAGAGAGAGAGAGAGAGAGAGAGAGUGUGUGUUGAAUGGAAAAUACUAAUGCAGGGUAACUCUAAAAGAUUACUGUUGUUUCCAUUGUCAUACCACAAUAAAAAUGCAUGUUAAUACACCAGAGGCCUGAACAGUGGCCUGCAACCAUCAAAGCAUACUGUAAAUCCAUAGUCAUACAUUUUUUAACAAACUGCACACGCUCAGGUUCUUGUCAAAGUUGCUGUAAUUCUCUUACCUACUUGAUGUUAAUUCGCCUAAUUCAGACCGAGGACGUGCAUAAACAUACUGUAUCUCCUGUAACCAUGGUGAGGUUUUACGCCUUUUUGCCUCUAACCUAACACAUAUUACUUGAAAUGUGCUUUAAAACGACACUAAAGGAACUUUGGACAGGGUCAGAGCUACAACGCACAAUGUUUUAUUGAAAAUUUCAGUGAUUGUGUGGUUUGUGUCUUAGCUGUCUCCCAUUUCAAAUAUGCCAGAAGAAUUUGUUACCAAAAUGAGAUAACUCCGUUUUUAAAGUUUUUCAGAAUUCAUGUUUUUUUAUUGUGCAUUUCAAUUAAUAUAAAUCAAAAUGCAGUUGGUUUGUUUUUAUUUAAGCCAUUAGAACUAAAAAAAAUACAGUAAACUAACACAAUAAAAACAUGAUUUUUGAAAGAUUUUAAGAACGGAGUUAUCUCAUUUUGGAUUGGGAGUCACGGUGUGUUUUGCUGGAUGAUAAAUGUUGGUAUUUUUAAUAAAUUUUAUUUGAAAGUGGUCA